AAUAAAAACUGGGGGGCAGUGAGUUUGGAGCCAUAGUACAAUAAUUUAUUCUUAUGAUAAAUCUUAAAUCCCUAAUGAAAACUAAUUUAUGAAUGUACAUGUACAUGUACCUGGUGGUUAAUCUUCUGCCACCUUCCAUUAUGUCCAAUCUCUAGUAUCUUCUCGUCAUCCUCCUCUUCUUCUUCUUCGUCUUCUACCACUUCAUCAGCUCCCGGACCUUUGGUCUUCUCCUCGUGGGAUACACCGGUCACCGGUUCAUUGGUAGCAACCGGUAACUCGGGUACACCGGUUGAUGCUGCCGUGGUAGAGGAGGAAGAGAGUCCACCGGGUGGUGCUGGAGUCUGUUGUGAAGAUGGAGGACUUCGAGGCAUCUUUCCUCAGUGACAGAGAAUUAGAAGGGAGGGGUAGUGGGAGGGGUCUAACUAGCAGAAAGAAGGUGUGGCUCGUUAUAAACUACAGCAUCUUGUACUUGUGGUGCAACUUGUGGCGACUUUGUCAUCUUGAGCCCUUUAGUGGCUGCAGAAGUCAGAUUUCGUAACUAUUUUAAACUCCAUUUUAAAGCAGCUAGAUCUAGCUUGCCUGGCUCUACCCCAUUAAAGAUGGAAGCCUAUGAAGUCACCAAGCACAAAGAAAAUGAUUACGACGUUCCAAUGCAAGAUCUAAGCAAGGAAGAUGACAAUCAGGGCUACUUCAAUAGCAAUUACAAUUACAAAUAUCAGCAUGCAGGCUCCUUCGUUGAAAGCAAAUCUGGAAGAGUCCUUUUGGUAAUUAUUAUCGUCAUCAUUCUACUUUCAUUUGGUAUCCUCAUGGGCUUAGCCAUAGCAACAUUGUAUGAAAUUGGUAAAGUUCAAUCCUGCAAUAGCAUUAAUGGGGGAGUUUUGGGAGCUGUGAGUAGUACAACCAGCAACAGUAAUAAUAAUGAUAAUGAUAAUAAUCUGAUUUGUAGUUGCAAUGAGCUUGUGCAUGAAAUGCGUUUCAUGCAAGGUCAGCUUAACCAAGUGCUUAAUAAGACAGUGGCCUGCACUGUAGAUGAUGACAGCGAGAUCUUAAAUGCAACUGAAACACUUCUGAAAGCAACCGGAGAUUCUGCACAAAAGCUCAUUAACAUUGUCAAUACUCUCUCUAAUCUACAAGACACCAGUACCUCUACUGCUGGAGUGGCUAGUGACAUAUUACUAGUAGCAAAGCAGCUGUUAGUGCUACACAAUGACUCAACUGCUUUACCUACCUCUUGUAAGCAAGUUAAGCAAGAGCAACCAAAUAGUCCAUCAGGUACUUAUAUACUCUCCACUGCUAGUGGAGAUGGAACAUAUGAAACUUACUGCAAUAUGGGGGAGCUGUGUGGUUCAGGAGGAGGAUGGACAAGACUAGCAUAUCUGGAUAUGACUGAUGCUACAGAAAAUUGUCCUUCAGCUUUGAGGCUCUAUCAAUCAGGUGGGGUUAGGUGCUGUGGUAGACCUGUCUCUGGUAUUGGUAGCUGUGCAUCAGUUCAGUUCCCAUCUAAUGGUGUCAGUUAUUCUCAGAUAUGUGGUAGAGUAACAGGAUAUCAGUUUGCAUCAACUGAUGCUGCAGUCACUGGUAAUUUGAACUCUAACUACGUUGAUGGUGUUAGUAUCACUCGUGGGUCUCCUCGUAAACACGUCUGGACACUGAUAUCUGGCUGGAGCGAUACUCAUAAUGUCAAUCCAUGCCGAUGCAACCAGCAGCCUCAAGUUUUCAUUGGAAAUAAUUAUUUCUGCGAGUCUGGUAAUCCAACUUCCAAUACAGGCCAGACACUCUUUGUGAAUGAUCCACUCUGGGAUGGUCAAGGUUGUGGUUCUCUUGAACUUACUUGCUGCUCUGCUCCAGGGCUACCAUGGUUUCACAGAGACUAUGGUAGCACUACCACUACUGACUAUAUUGAGUUGAGGGUCUGUGGAGAUGAAUCUACUGCUAACGAAGACGUUACUGUCGGUUUGUAUGAGAUUUACGUUCAGUGAAACUUUAAAUUUGCUAAUUUUUUUCUGCUGAAUUUCCAGGUAUUAUAACUAAUACAUAA